AAUUAUCAGAUAGCGUUCAUUUGAAGUGGAGACAAUCAUGGCGAGAGCAAUGGGGAAGACUUUGUGUAUUAUCACUCUAGUGACUUUGUGUGCUUUCCUUGGAGCGGAUGCCCAUACUUGUUACGUGUGUAGAGGUUGUGCUACUGUAACCGAUUCGCAAAAAACGACAUGCGUGGCCCCCACCACAGUAACCCCAACCUCCGCACCAACCACCGCUCCAACUGCUGCUCCCACUGAAGCCCCUACUGCGGCACCAACUGCGGCCCCCACUGCCGCUCCUACUGCCGCUCCCACAGCUGCUCCCACUGAAGCUCCUACUGCGGCACCUACUGCGGCACCUACUGCGGCCCCCACUGAAGCCCCUACUGCGGCACCAACUGCGGCCCCCACUGCCGCCCCCACUGCCGCUCCCACAGCUGCUCCCACUGAAGCCCCUACUGCGGCACCAACUGCGGCCCCCACUGCCGCUCCUACUGCCGCUCCCACAGCUGCUCCCACUGAAGCCCCUACUGCGGCACCUACUGCGGCCCCCACUGAAGCCCCUACUGCGGCACCAACUGCGGCCCCCACUGCCGCCCCCACUGCCGCUCCCACAGCUGCUCCCACUGAAGCCCCUACUGCGGCACCAACUGCGGCACCUACUGCGGCCCCUACUGCCGCUCCUACUGCAGCUCCCACAGCUGCUCCCACAGCUGCUCCCACUGAAGCCCCUACUGCGGCACCAACUGCGGCACCUACUGCGGCCCCAACUGCCGCCCCUACCGCGGCUCCAACCGCAAAUUACAUGGGGGCGUUAAACGAAUACCCUAGUAAUGAGUUGUUCCGUGGAAAACGAUCUAUAAUGCAGAUAAGAGCAGACCCUCAGCCUCAGUGUCUCGUGGCAGUAGUCGAAGUUAAUGGAGCGGAGAGCGUCAUUCGUGAUUGCUACUUCCCACCUGCAACGGAGCCCUCGGACCCAAAGGAACGAUGCCGCGAUGCUGUUGGCGGUUCAGACGCCAUCAAAAGCUGUCGAGUAUGUGUUGAAGAUGCAUGCAAUGCCUCUGCAAAGACAACGGGUACAAUCGCAUUAGUCAUUGUAUCUAUUAUAUCCGCCUUACGUUUCUAUUCUGUAGAGUAGUUUUAUUCAUGAAGUAUGUUUGGAGUGUUAUAAGUUUAUUUUUUUUUCAAAAAUAUUUGAAUAAAUUAUAAGUAUUAA